AUGUACUCGCUACCAAAUGCAGCCCUCAAGGCAGUCAGAACUCCAGAAGAACGAUUCACCAACUUGCCCGACUACAAUUACAAACCUCACUACAUCCAAUAUGGUCACUUGCGAAUGUCUUACAUUGAUGAGCAAUCACCCAUCUUUGAUCUAAAUUCUGGAGAACUCGUUUAUGGAGCUAGCGAAAGUGAAGUAUCGACUGAGAUCUACUUGUGCUUACAUGGCCAGCCGACUUGGGGAUACUUGUACCGUAAAAUGGUUCCAGUGUUUUUGGCCAGUCGUGGGCGACGCAAGACUGGUGGUGUUAAGAAGCUGGUCAGGAGACGUGUUAUCGUGCCUGAUCUAAUAGGAUUUGGAAGAUCUGAUAAACCACUCGAGGCUUCAGAGUACACGUUUGAACUACACAGGGACUCGAUACUCUGCCUAAUCACGAGGCUGGAUUUGAAGAAUAUUACUCUAGUUUGCCAAGACUGGGGAGGAAUAAUUGGCUUAACAAUCCCAAUGGACAUGCCAACCAGAUUCAAUCGGAUACUAGCAAUGAACACAUGCCUCCCAUUAGCUGCGCGCAUACGUCCAGGCUUCCCCAUCUGGCGCCAAUGGUGCAACGACAGACCCGACAUGAUUGUAUCUGAAAUACUAUCAGAUCCACAUUCACCAUUAGGACUCGGGAACGCUAACUUGUCACAAGCUGAAAAGGAUGCAUACGAUGCUCCAUUCCCUGAUAUUACGUACAAAGCAGGUGCGAGAGCGUUUCCGAAUCUGGUGCCCGAAAAGGGGGUUAAGAAUGGACCUCCAGAGGGGCUUAGAGCAAGAGAAUGGUUGGGAUCGCCUGAAGCGGCGUAUCUCAAAGUGUUUUUAGCCAUUGGGCAUCAGGAUCCGUGUAUUGGAUCAAUGGUGAUGAGAGCUACAGCAUCACUGUUUAGCUCUGGUUGUGCGAUUCUUGAUUUGCCCGAAGCUGGGCAUUUUGUGCAAGAAUGGGGCCAGACCGUCGCAGCCAAAGCGCUCGACUAUUUCGAGGCUGUUUCUAACAUCGACGUGUUGCCACCUAAAUCUAAAUCUUCUAAAUUGUAA